AUGCAGCAGCAACCAGGUGGUGCUGGGGGCCGGCGCCAGACGGCCGUUGUUGCCUGCCCAAAGUCCAUGAUAGGGCGCGUAAUAGGGCGUAAUGGAGAAACCAUUAAGGCGCUGCAGACGUACACUGGAGCACUGAUCCAAAUUGACCAGACUUGCGACCCGACGAAAAUUGCUAUCAGCGGGACUCCACAGAGCCUUAGCCUGGCGCUUUCCAUGGUGAACGACAUUGUCCGGGGUACUUUCAAAGGGUUCGCAUUGUUGCGACAAGCCACCGGCCACAGCAGCAGGGGUCCAAGCCAGCUCGCAACUAAGCCAGUCUAUGCGCCAGGUUAUGGCCUCAUCCCUCCGUCCCAGCUUUACGGAGGUGAAACCACCGCCGCCGGGCGCUGCAGGGCCGGCACCGUACCCGCCACAGAGCCUGGGCGCCACACAGUUGUCCGCAGCGCCACCGCAAUUCGUCCUGUUUACAACAUCAUCGGAGGGCCCACGUUCGGGGCGCCAGUCUACCUGUCACCGUACGAUUAUACGGCAUCCGCGUUGGCGCCGGCAGGCGUCGCUGACGUCAUGCUCGUACCAGACGGCUCUUCCCUAUUUACCUCCGCCGCUGCCGCUGGCGGGGCGGGUAGCCGCCUCUUCCACACUGCCGUCACCGGAGCAGGGAUUCCUCGGACGCCGGGCGGCGGCAGCGGCGGCUUCCUUAGCGCUGCUGCCAGCAGCGCAGCGAUGUACGGCGGCAGCAGUCUCGGUAGCGGCGCCGCCGACAUCCUAACGGGCCAGCCGAUGGCCGUGUUCGGACAUCCCGUCAGCGGUGCCGUACAGAGCGGCAUGCACCGUGGCAGCGGCGGCACAGCAGCAGGCGCCACCGCCGGACUGUUCCCGGCGGGUACCUUGGUAAUGGAUCCGGAAGGCGGUUUGUACACCUACAUGGAUGGUUAG